AUGGGGCAAGAACCAAUGAUGGAUGUUGCAGAGCGUUACUUGGAAGAAUUAGCAAAAAGAUGCAUGGUUGAGAUUGAAGUACAUGAGGAGGGGAAGCAUGCAGUAACAAGGUUGAAGUCAUGUCGGUUUCAUGAUCUUGUGAGAGAUCUAUGCUUGGUCAAGGCAAAAGAGGAGAAUUUGUAUAAGGUGGUCGAUAAAAGAACUUCACGAGAUUCUCCUCGUGCGAUUGAUGCGCAUUAUGGUUUAGUCUUUCGUUUGGAUGCAGAGGAUAUCUCUGAACCCAACUUUCCGCCAAAAGAACAAACUAAACAUCUUUGCUCAUUCUUGUGUGAUCCAUCACAAGACAAUUGGGAGAUUUUUUCAGGGUGGAGAACAAUGUCCCAAGUCAAGAAUUUGAAGAUGCUUAGAGUUUUGGCAAUUUUGGCCUUCGAUAUGACCUCCGGAAGUGGUUUUCUCAAAUCACCUCUAAGAUAUGUUGGUAAUUUUAUCCAUUUGAGAUGUUUGAGAUUGAGGUGUCGUCAUAUAAACUUGCCAUAUUCAUUGGGCAAUUUAAGGUACUUGGAAACUCUCGAUUUAUCUGGUAGUCAUCGUUGUAGAAUUCAGAACGUGCUAUGGAAAUUGGGACGUUUGAGAUCCAGACUUGGAGAACCCCACCCUAAACUGCGAUUGAGCAAGCAGCUAGAGAUACUUGAAUCAUUCCAUAACAGAUUUUGCUAUCCUGAAGAUGUAUGCAAAUUAGUGAAUCUUAGAGGUUUCAAAGCAACGGUGCAUAAAAAUUUUGAGGACUUGGAACACAUCAUCAAUCAUAUAUCAAACUUGGAAUGCAUGUGCAUUAGCUCACUUAAAAUCGAGAGCUGUAAUUUUGGCCAGAUCAACUCCAACAAUUCAAAUGACAACAGCAGGGGUUUGGAUGUUCUUUUAAGGGUGUUGUUUAGUAGGAAUAUUCAUGAAUUAGAGAUUGACCGUAGUUUAUGCAAGAAGUUACCGGAUUACCAAUCCCAUAUGUUUCCUGACCCUGCAGGACUUACUCAAUUAAAGCUGCAUACUACUAAUAUUGAGGAAGACCCAAUGGGAACACUCGAGAAGCUUCCUAACCUAAGAAUACUGGAACUUGGGCCAAAUUCUUUUCUGGGCCAAGAAAUAAUCUGCCACUCAAUUGGAUUUCCCCAACUAAAACAUCUCGUGCUUCAUUUUUUGGGUAACUUGAAGCAGUGGAAAGUGGAUGAGGGGGCCAUGCCUAAGCUCUCAGGUUUACGGAUUGAGUACUGA